CUACCCGCACCAGGACCAUGUUUGGCUUCGUCGGUCUCUCCGAGGACAACAAGGAGCGCAUCUCCAAGGCCAUCGAGGUCGCAAAGACGGUCGUCCAUUACGGGUGGAUCCCGACCAUCCUCGUCGUCGCGUGGAGAGCCAGCAACCCGAGGCCGCCCAUCAUGAGGCUCAUCUCCCCUCUCGCCUGAGCGUUUCUCUCUCGUUCCACAGCAGCGCAAUGUACAGCAUACCCCUCUCGCAUC